AUAAUUGAACGUAGCGGAAGCAAGUUCCGUGUUUCCGUAGUAGUAUGAAAUUUUUUAUAGUUAGUAUUUCUUUAGGGACCUGUGAAACUUCGCUAUGGAGUCCCGGUUAGUGUUUAAUAUGUCAGGUUUUGUUUUUAGCUAGUGUUUAUUCAACCGGAUGGAAGAAAACGCAGGAUCCACGACACCGACUAAGUACGAGUGUUUCCGACACGGCUGUAAUUUUUUUUUCGUUAAUCCCCUAUCGCACCUCUAAACAGUGUUUUGGGGGUGGGAUGGCGGAUCGUAUUGUCAAAUGUUACAUGAACAAAUAAUUAAUCGUAUAUUUAAGUAAUGGCACUUUAUAUAUUAAAGUGCCAUAACAUUAUAUUAAUGUUAUUGCUGGCAAUGUAAACGGCGCUGUAUUAGCGAGAUCCGUUCGUGCGUAUCAAACAGUUCAUCUGCUGGCAUAUGCAACCUGUAGAGCGCGGAUUGUACGUACUUUUCGCGCCUGAAAAUGACACAGCUACAUCAGAUUUUGGGCAGUUCAGGACCUGAACUGGCCGAUGCCGAGCUCAGGGUAAAAGACUGCUACAGAAAUCUUUUUAUUGAUAGACAUCGCAAUCAUGCACGUAGGCACCGACAUGCACACACCUGAAUGUCACUCCAGGCAACAAUCGUCAAUAUCUGUUAGUAGUUUUGAAUUGGUCGCUUGCUUAAACAUGUGCCAUUCGUAUGUCAUGCAUAGGCCUGGCAAAUGACUGGCGCCCUUCCGGCAAGCAACAUAAUUACCGAUUAGGUGAGGGAUAGGAGUUUCUUGGUACUGCUUUUUUUGACGGCUGUCUCAAGUUCUCGGAUUCCACAGUGACCGUUAAAUCAGGAUUGUCGAUCGAGGUGUUACUGAAAAAUACAUAUAUACUAUAAAAGCUGCUUGUGACUCAACCUUUCCGCAUCGCUGCAUCUAGUUUCGGAGAGACAAAAGUCAAGCAAAAAUACAUUUGAGUCGAUUUAUUCAUAUUCGGAUUCUUUUUUGACGAAUCGGAAUUAAGCUGUUGGCUCACAGCAAUAACAAAAAUGUUACCUUAAUUCAGACACAUUCAAAAAUACGUUCUGCUUGACACAAAUACAGAUAUUGGCUACUUCUUGCCAAGUCUGCCUAUACCAAGCAAAAAUAAAGAUUUACUGGGCGUUGUCUAAAUUUCUAGACAUUGCUCAACAAAGCUUUCCUUACUGCUAAAACUAUUUCGCAAACUUCAUUCACUCAUGACCAGCAUGUACGCACGCCAUACAGCGAACUACGAAGAGCACGUCUUUCCUCGCACUCCAAGCCGGGCGUUAGCGACUGAUUGGCUCGCUCGAACAAAACGUGAGGCACAAGAAAGUGGGUCGUAAUGUCACCGUUCAUCGGUUUACCGCUGUUCGGAUAUACAGCGCAUCCACAUUUAAGCUAAAAACGAUCUUUUUCUGACCUGUAGCAUGUAGUUGUGUAUCUUGGCUUGUACCGGCAUGAGCCGACUGACUUCAUGGGUUGGCUUUUAAACAGAACAAGCGAAACGACAACAAGUGGCAAAUAGGCCUCGAUGAGUCUUAAACAAGCUCACGGGGGCCAACAACUCCUUGAACAAUUAACUAAACAUUUCUAGUGGACUUUAUCCUAUAUAGGAUAGCUGCCCUUACAACUGCUGUAAUGGCCUGUAAACGCUUUUACUGCCUAUCAAAAGGGCUCACAACGAGUCACUGAAGCUCUAACCUCUUAGUGUUAACUUUAUUGAUACACGUAUGGACUACCUUGACAUGUCGUAGAGAAAUCUCAACGCAAUGUUUUUUGGUUUUUCUGCGAAUAUCAGAUAGUGCUGUAAGAGUACAACGACGUGUAGAAAUCUUAAUUAUAGAAUGAUUUCUCGAUCCGCGGUUCUGAAAGUUUGUUUUGCUAAAUCAGAAUCGCUGAUUAAGCAGAGCUUAUUAACUGGCUUAGUGUAUAGUGUACGUUAUGUUGUUUUAGCGUGCAUCUGAAACCUAAGCGAAAAUGAGGGCUUGUAGUAAAAUCAACGAUGCCGUCUCACAAUCGUUGUAGUUGCUUUGGCAAGCUACACAUAUUCUACGUUUGCUUCUUCAGGUUGAUCCUUUUUUACUUAGUUACUGACGUGUACGUUUUUCUAGCAGAACGUAUACGUCCAAAUGCUAAGUUAUAUGAAUUCUACUGCAUUUUUAUGCUCAACGUUCAUUUCUCUAAACGUGGAGUCUGAUUGUGCUGUUACAACAAACAUUAGUUUAAGGAUGUUCCACUCAAAAACCGCAUGAAGGGACAAGUCUUGAUGGCUCUGUCGUCGACUAUGUUCCGAGGCUCGAGUGUGAGCAGUCAUGCCGUAAGCUGUUCAACUUCUCAGUGCGGUAUAACAAGAAUUGGGCCCUUGUUCGAAUUGGGGCGUGUACAUAAGCUACCAGUUGACCUGCGAGCCCAAUUCAGUAAGCAUAUUCCUAAUCGUCGCCGAGCCCCACAAAGGGCCGUGAAGGUGGGGAAAGACAAUGCUAGCUAAAAUAUUUCCACUGUUUAUGAUAGCAUAAUAAGUAAUGUGCUCUCGUUCACACACGUGCUAUGGGCAGUUCUAGUUCUGGCCACGUCUUCGCAACGAGUUAUAUUAAGUGUUGCCGUUAUAAAAAAGCCGUUGUCUUGUUUAUUUUUACCUACUCAACGGUCCCGUAUGGAGGCACAUAACUGUCAGCUUCUGUUGUUUGGCUUACUUACCUCUCGACUUUCCAUUUUAUUUGUAAUGAAACCGAGAUCACAGAUGUAAGCCAUAAAAAAUGCCGUUUAGUGGUACCCUCUUUGUGGAGAUUCGCAUGGGGUGUUAGGUUUGGACGGUCACAAAGCCAACACGCAAAGAAGCGGCAUUUCUAAAGUGAAAUAGAAACGUUAAUUUCUGUCGAUUACGGUUAAAGGUUCUAGUUGAUAGUAUAGAACGUAGCUUAAUUAGUGCUUAGUUCAAAGUGAUCGCAGGCCCUUCUAAAACUUGCGGGCAUCUUUCCUAAGCAAUACGGAGUAGAAGCCUACUCAGUGUUUCCUUACGAUUGUUACAAGGUAAAAAAGUGGGUUUCUAAACACGUAAACUUCAAUCAUUUUUAUAUAAAAUGCACAAAAUUUGCACGAACUACAUGUAUGGACUAAACCUGGAUAAUGACGCCGCACCCGGUAGCGGCUCGGGGCUUUAGUAAAAGUAGUAUUUAAUGAAGGUUGUUUUUCGCUUUGAUGUCGAAUAUCGAGAAUAGGCCAUCGUCCAAACUAUUCGCACGUGGCGACUAAGAAUUUGCGUGCCUGAUCGAGAAGCACAUUCCUAAAUGCCACCAAACCCCAAAGGAGCUGUGGAGAUAGGGAAAGAUAAUGUUAGUUUUUGUACAUAUCGACGCUUAGAUUCUGUAUCAAGGUCUUCGCGGUGGUUCCUUUUUCAUUUGUCUAGUACCUUUAUAGGGAGAUAAUUAUCUCUUUAUGGAGGUACCUAUCUGUCAGGUUUGGCGUUCGGCUUACUUACAACCUCUCGACUUUCUGUGAUUUUUAUUGAAACCGAGACCACAGACGUAAGCCAUAAAAAUGCCGUCUAAUGGUACCCUCCUUGUGGAAAUUCGCACGUGGGGUUAGGUUUCGACGGUCACAAGGCAGACACAAAAAAACUACAUAAUCUGUACAGUAUGCAACGAAAUAUUUUAUCCUUAUGUUUACAAGUUCUGAUAAACCCAUAGCACAUACCCUGAUUAAUUCUUCAUUCAGAGUGAUUGCAGGCCCUUCUACCGAUCGCGCCUUUUUUCCUAAGCAAUGCAAAACUCGUCCAAACUGUUCGCACGUUGCAACGAAAGACUUACGUGCUCGAUCCAGUGAGCAUAUCGUCAGCCGUCACCAAGUACCACAAAGCAAAAAGUAGAGAAAACAAUGCUACCUUUAGAGUUAUUACAGAUAUCGAUGUUCGAAUAGUGUGCCGAAGCCAAGGCCUCCGCGGUUAUCUGAAAUAUCCGUGGGGUUUUUCAUCUUCGGAAUAAAAAAACUUCCAGUUAAAAUUCUGAAUCGCUUAUUAAAUAGCGAUUUCGACGAAGCCCUGGAAUACAUAAUAAUAGAAGUUUCUGAUAACAUCAAACACCUUCCACUUCACACAAUAGAUUUAGUGUGGGCAUCAUCAAAGCGUGGUACUAUGUAUAUUUAUGGUAAACCAGGACACGGUCUGCAUCAAAACGCUUGGUAUAGGUUCGGAUACCUACCAUGCAUAAAACUGUAGGUUUAUUUCAGCUCACUGAUGUGCUCCUAAAAAAGCAGAAACAUUGUCGGGGUUACUUGGGUCUCGUACUGAUGCUUAAGGGACUAACAUUGUGAGGAAAUGAAGGUUUUCGGACGUUAAUGUAGUUAGGUCGUUUGCAGCCGUUCAGGACCAGCGUUUCACGAAGUACGCCUAGAUUUCUGGUCAUACCUUGAAGCAUUGUAGGGAUUAAUCUAAAAAAAUAGUCUUAGAAAAAUAAGAUCUAGGUACUUAGAAUAAGAAGAGCACUAGGGCUAAAAAUGAUGGGCUAAAAAUGAUGAGAUUUUCGAAACAAAACUAAUGGGCACGCAUUUAAUCUCCAGUUAAACAUAACUGAAACGCUGAAGGCUAUGGUAUACGAUGCGAUUAGCCGUCGAAGAAAUCUAAGUGGCUGAAAUAAACAAGGCUGCUGAAAUAGUCCUAGCGCUGAUAUUACAGAUUUCCUUCACUAAGGAAGCGCGUAUCGCUCCGUCUCACAUAUUUAUAUAACAGCAGAGCGCGAAUCCCACAGCACCUGGGAGCAUUGGUGACACGACUAUCUAAAAGCCUAUAUGCCCUGUGCGGCAGAUAGGUGUACGUAAAAUGAAUUUCCUCCUCGAUAAAGUAAAACAAAUCAAACACAAAUUUUUAUAACACGGAACAUCCAAUGGCCUUGGAUACUACAAGCGUAAGUGAGCUUCAAUAGGAAAUUCUCCUGACAGAAAAAGCUUAAGCAUAAUUCUCCUCCACGAACGGAAAUCUGAACGCCGGCUUGGAUCAGUGUGGUAACUACAGGUGAUAUAACGGAAUAUAAAACGAACGUCAAAGCAAACCGCUUUGCUAUAAAUAACACGUCAUUACUUUGGGUGAUCACAGAUUUUAUCAUAAAACUGUAUAAAAGCCAAAUAAUGCUACUGAUAUAUAAAAAUGAAUUAAGUACAGCGUUUUACGCGGAAACCUUCGUAAACCAAUGUCUUACAGGUAAAUUUCGCAUCUACCUAUGUAGAACACAACAGAAGUGCGUUGUACGUAUUUCAAGAUCCUGCGUAAUAUUGAGAGGGUACUCCCAAUACCGUGAAACUGUGGGUAACGGCUCGUUAUAAUUUUAAUAUAUAGAUUUAUUUGGUCGGGCACGCAUAUUGUAAGAAAUACUUAUAUUUGUGGCAGAGCUCAGGCAAACUAUUCCGGCCGGCGGCCAACCACACCAAGCAAAGGCGUACGUUAGAAAUGUUAGUUUUAUUGUAAACAGUAAGACUUCGCAUAAUCUGAAGCAGUUGACAACUCUGCACUUCGUAGAGAUGGAGAAGAUAACUACAUUUCUUCCACCAUAAGUUAUGACAAUGUUGCUUCUUGAUGAUGCUUCUUAAUGCGUCUAUCAACUGCAUGAUGACUAUCUAAGUGUAAAGAAUCGAAUUCUAACUAGCCCGAAAUGCGCUUCUCUCAUGUUUCACUUGGUACGUUAAUUUAAAAGUGCGCGAAGUUAGCGAACAGAUGAUUUGCAGAGAAAAAAACAAGCCAUGCAAGAAUAAUAAUGACUAAUCAAGAACAUUAGCUAUAGUGGACUUUAAAAAAUCUAUUGUCUGACCUAACUUUAUUGUCUCUCGGUUCUCCAACUAAUUAACUAUGCAAUCUAAACAUUACCAUUUACAUCUUGCGGCGAGAUUUCUAGAAAUAAGACAAACCUAAAAACGCCUAGCUUAAGGAAGUUACCAAGCAUGCAUUUGCAUGUUUUCUUCACGUUACGACGGGUUGCUCGCGUUGUCACAAAAGCUUCUGCAGUUUCUAGUUUCCUUUGCUACCCACACCGACAGCCUACUGAUCAUUGAAAGGCCAAGCUGAACAUCGUAAAGGCAGAAAUUCGAAAGAAUUUUGCUAGAGCGCACUGAGUGCCGUUACGACGUUGUGGUACAUUUCGUAAUCUACAACUCGAUAACUAAACCGCACAAAGCUAAUCAAGGUUCACGAUUUUGGCACAUCGGUCAAUGGUUCUGAACUAAAGGCCCUCGAAGCUCAAUAUCUCCGAUGGAGGCUAGUGCAAAAAGAACGGCAGCGUCGUAUUUGUAACAGCCUACCUCACACCGAAAUCGGUGUAAAUAAGCCCAUAUAAACGUUAUUAAUUUAUACUGAUAACAGACUAUUUCUCCUCCUAAUAAAAUGUAAAUUAAUUGUAUAAUACAGUUUGCGAAUGUGGUGUUGCUGAGUACAAACAAUCUUCUCUGAAUAAAAAACUGACUUAACGACAAGUAAACGAUUUCAAAAAAAAAAAUCUACAAACUGUUUUCGUAGCAAAACGCUAUGCUGAAAGAACUACACCACCCCCAGCACACAAAGCAACUACGGCCACUCAGUUCUUCGCCAAUCGGCAAAUUAUUCGAAAUUGAACUUCCUACGCGCCUUCGCUUCUUCCUUACCCUCUCCUAUCGUAAGUCUUUCUCUCUCCUUCUGCCUUGUUCGCUGCGAAUACGCAGUCAGCAAAGUAAAUGAAAGGUAUAGGGCAAAAACGGAAAGGACGACGGUUCGCCGUAUACAAACAAUGGGAAAGAGUGAGUCUGAGAAAGAUAGCAAGCCGUCAGCAACGUACGACGGACCGACGGCGUUGACAGCCGAGGAGCAACCGAGGACUGUCUUGACGACAGAUUGUUGCCAGUUGCCAGAUGCGCAAGGCAAUGCAAACCAAAAUGCUGCCGACCUGUUGCAAUACGACGAGCGUAAGACCCUACUAGAACCUAGCGCUGAUGAGUCCAGGCGAUGCUGACUAGAGGUCGCUGAUAUUACGGUUGGAAAUAGUCACGCGAAUGACUUACGAGUUGAGGCUAUCUCGAUUAUGUUUUUCGCCAUCAUUCUUGUGUUGUCAGAGCCUUCUCGCUAGCCGCAAUAUUGCGGUUUGACAGCUCUAACGCACUGCGAGUAUCGAGAGUGCUCUGUGUUUUGUAAAUGGAAGGAAGAAAAAAAGCAAAUUAUUGAGUCCGUACACCUGUGUGGAUUUGAGUUGUGGUGGGGUGACCCCGGGGUGAGUCGUGGGGCUUGGGGACAGGAGUAGUGCGACUAGCCUCUUGCUUCAGUCUGAUAAAAAAAUAGUGGUAUUUAGAAGCCGAACUGGAUGUGAGCGAGCGGCUACCGGAAACUUGUUAAAGAAUUCGUAAUUUUUCUAAGCAGCAUAUCCAACGACAACUGUUGCGAUUCUAAGGAAUUUGUCGUUCUUCUUGUAAAAGUACUUUGUUUUUUAUCCUAGAAAAAAACUGACCUAUAUUUGAGUUGUCGUUAUCGAAAAUCAGCGUUACUGUAAAACCAAACUGUAACUAGCGCGUGAAGAAGAAGCAAUGCAGAAAGAAACUACACAAAGCCCGGAUCCGCCUUUGGAUUCGUACAUGUUUGGGAUUCUACAGCAGACCUUACAGAACAAUAUCGACUACUUCGCGUGCACGUGUCAGGAUGAUUUUACGCAAAAUUUCGUAGAGCUUCUGGGGGCGGUAAGCGAAUUGGAAAAAAAAUCAUCGCAAAUUCACGACAUAGCAUUUAAGUUUGACGCAGACGCCAAUACGAAAGCAAACGGAUAUCGAAGCUAUUCUAUAAUCGUUGACCGCUUUGUAUCGAAUACGUUGGACCUCUGUCGGCAAAUUGUUGAAAAACGAGACUCAAUGUUUUUCAGAGCGGGAAAAUUCGCUAAAGAUGUUGAGGUUCGCGUAAUCGCAUCCAAGGAAAUUCGCAAAGCUGGAGCCAUGCUAAUUAGUAUGGCAAAGCAUGCCGAUGACGGGGAACUGUUUCUCAGAGACAAAAUGGACUUUAAGGCACUAAUGAAAGACUACACUUCGUUCGACAUGAGACCGUUUUUCGGUCGUCUUCUGGGCUUCACAAUGUGUGAAUCGUUGCAAAAUUGCCUAAGCGCAGUCAGUAUUGCAAUGGCCACGUUUUCGGAGCAGUACCGGAAUGAAUCAUCAUAUGUGGCUUCCCUAGCUGCCACGCUAUUCAAUUCGACACGUUAUGGAGUCGAUAUCGACGAGCGAGCUGAACGCAAUGCUUCCCUCGUACGAAAUGUCAGCGUAGACUUUCUCAAGAGCUUUUGGACUCUUAAUGAACUACCGGUCACAAAGCGUAUUCCGGGUUGGAUAUGUCCAUCGCUUGAAGUGUGCGAACGUGUCACUCUCCCAUUGGAGCCCCUCAAACUCAAUCGCGAGGGGGAGCAUCUUGACGUCCCUUACCCAAUGUCGCACGUGCCAACCCAGCCCGUUAGGGGACGCUUAUUCUCGCACGUCCGGCGUCAGGGUCAGGACGCUCUUGUGGGUGCGGCCCCAACGUCUGCGUACGAGUAUCCCCCGACGAGUACGAUGUUUCUCCACCUGCACGGCGGCGGAUUUAUCGCGCAGUCGCCCGACUCGCACGAAAUCUAUCUACGCCAAUGGGCUGCUGAUCUUGAAAUGCCAUUGCUAUCUUUGGACUACACGCUGGCACCACAAGCACCGUUUCCUCGUGCCUUAGAAGAACUCUUUUAUGCGUAUGCAUGGCUUGUGAAUAAUCCCUUUGCUGUCGGUUGGAGCGGAGAAAAAAUUGUGGUGGGUGGUGACAGCGGCGGGGGCAACUUAUCAGUGGCUCUCGCUCUCAAAUGCCUCCAUCUCGGUGUUCGGCCACCAGAUGGGCUGUUCGCAGCGUAUACGCCGCUUAAUCUGCAACUUACUCCAUCCCCCUCCCGACUUUUGUGCGCCAUGGACUCGCUGAUACCCCUCGAGUUUUUGCUACAUUGCCUUCACAGUUAUGCCGGAGUUGACAUGGAGGCGAGUCCUGAUUCUGGUAGUCCAGUCAAAGUCCCUAUUGAACACCUCGAACAAGUAAAAAUCAUUAACAACAAAAAUGAAGAAAAUCAACAGGAGCGUCGUUCCAACGCGAGCAGUGGCGAAAGCAGCAGUCAAAAAGAGAAAGACACCCUUCAGGAAAUUGGCGACGCCGUCUACGAUACCACUUCAAGGCUAUAUCAGGCGCACAUCGCCAAGCCCUUAGAGAUGUUUACGGGCACAAAUCAAGCAUGGCAGAACCCGGGCCGCCCGUGGUUCUCUCCACAGUCGUCUGAUCCGGAGCGGGCUGAACGAACGUUUGCCCGAAUUGACUCACUAGCGGCGUCACCCUUCAUUUCACCACUCCUCGCGGACGAUCACCUACUUUCGCGUUUACCACCUACAUAUUUGCUGGGCCUUCACCUUGAUCCCACCCUUGAUGAUAUGGUGUCGUUCGCCCGUCGACUUCACAGAUUAGGCCGUCCUUGCGAGCUAGUCGUGCUCGAUCAGUUGCCGCAUGGAUUCCUGAACUUCCUCCCCUUUAGUUCAGAGGCAGCGGAUGGUUCAAAGGUGUGCUGCGACAUGUUGCGGGACGCGUUUGCCUUUGUGCCUGCCAACCCGAUCAACCCCCUUGAAGAGGUCCCUCUAUAAACUCGCUUCUUCUUUCGAGUGCAGUGUGCGACAAGCAGACAUUGGAAUCGAUCAUUUUAUUCAUCGCGUUAUUAGUCGCCGUCGUAGUAAUGCCGAUAGUGUUAUUACGCCAACAUCGAGAAAACCAACCAAAAAGGGCACCAAUCAAUUUCUUGUUUUUUUUUUCCAUAUUCUGCCUUUUUUGUAUGGCUUCGCAUCCACGCCGAUAAAUCCUCUUAGAAUGCAACUAUUACUGAGGACACCCGCGUGAACGACAAUUGCUAUACUGCAGGCUAUCGUAGAUGCAUAUUAUUAACUGCACGUAGUUUCCACCAAAACAGGCUUAACCAACUUCGAGGAACUUCAAAACGUACGUUCAUAAAUGUACUCACGGCCUGACUGAUCCUGAUUACUGGAUUAAAGGCUACAGGCCCACCUACUCUUAACAGCAAUAUCAGUAGUAAUGAAUCGUAACGCAUAGAGCAGAUUUUUCUAUGGUGAACUAGACGUGAGUCAGCAUUUGCAAAGUGGGCAAAGUGUCUACUUUAGCAUAACUUCCAUUUGACAGAAGUUUACAUAUUAGGUUGGACGGAACCGGCAGCAUGAGUAGUGAAUAGAGGAUGCCUGGCAGCAGGGUAUGGCUAUAACAAACCAACAAAAAAUGGAAAGGUGGAAGUUGCAAGUAAACGGGAUGGGCCGAGGCCAAAAAAACACAGGAAGAGAUAAACUAAUGUAGAAAAAAACCGAAAGACACACAUCUCACACAAGUAUUGAGAACACAAGGGGUCGGUAGUAUUGCCGACGUGUCACCGUUCAGUUUUCAUUAUUAUUAUUAAUUUUCAUAAAAAUGACAGAGUUACAGAAGCACGAGCGAGAGAUGAGUGAUUAAAUGUUGUGAGUAGUGCUAUAUUCUAUGUAUUAAUUUACAAUUGGUCUUGUAGAGAUAAUGCAGCAUGCAAAUGCUUACAAAGAAAAACAAGUAUUAAAAGCAAUCGCUGCAGUAUGAUCGAAAAUACGAGCGAAAAGGUAGAAAUCAAUGAGAAAACAAUAAAUAGUAUUAGCGCGAAAUACCGAGAUAAGGAAGCUGCGGUAGAAUCCUAAUAACAAAGAAUACCAAGGAAAGCAUUUAGAAUUAAUCCUCAGAUCAACUCCAAAUAUCUUCUCUGAUUACCCGGAAUUGACGAGGAAACCAAGGCGCCGUUUGUGCAGAACGCGCUUAAAUCUAAUCUUCUUCGGUGUUUAGAUAAAAUAUUGUAUAGGACGUUUUUUUCUCAUUUUAUAAAGUUCUAACCAACAUCUUUCCGCGUCCUGUGUAUAUACGAUAUCAAUAUCCAUUUAGGUACAAAUUCUACGGUUAGUUUUCACUGCGGAAAUGUUAUUCUUCCCGGGAAUCCGAUAGGAUACGAAAGAAAGUAACUUUUUGAAAUGGACGGCAAGUCAUAACCACUACUGUUAUAAUCAUAGUUUUAAAUUGUGCUCGCUUGUGAAUGCAGUUCCUAUAUAUAUAUAUAUAUAUAUAUAUAUGUGUGAGAUCAUCAUGUUACAAAAUGUACACGUGUACGAAACGAGAGACCAAAUUAACAAUUUAGAGAGUUUUGCUACAUUUGAUUGUACAGGUGUGAAAUAAUUUACAUGUAUGUAGGGACAAUUAAAUGUAAAACUUGCCUUCUAAUGAUACAGUUGUUAUUUCUAUUAUAUAAACAUGAGAAGAUGCCGGUAAGAAAAUCAAUACCAUUAUAUAGAUAUUACAUUUCGGCAUUAUUAUGACAUUGUAUCUCGUAGCGAUGUUGCUAUGCAAAAAUCGUUUAUCAAUAAUGGAAGAAAAACCAUACGCUAAGAGGCCCCUGACCGUAUCCGUAAUGAUCGCCGCCGUUCAUUUGUUAAUAGCUACGUCCAGAAUAUGUUAUGACGUUGUUAAUAGAACUUUACAAAUGACGAUGCAUCUAAAAUGUCUUCCUAUAACACAACCUAGCAAGACGGGACAUCAAUAGGGGAGCACGCACACACGUACGUUUGGGUACACCUAAAACUACAGUAAAUUGUCGCUCUCUCACACCAAACAGCAGCAAACAGCCAUCCUGAACGCUGAUCUAUCUAUGAAAAAAGUUUUAAAGAAUCAAAAUUUUAAACACGAGAAAAGCUGACUUCCGUAACAACCAGCUAGUUUGAUUUGAAUGCAACAACGUGUAAUGCUUCAGUGGUUAAAAGUGGGGAAAUAUUACACUUCUGCCAAGAUCCCUACAUUUUGAGAUACUCGCGCGAAUCGAGAUACAUCAAACUAAACGUAGAUAGCUUCAUAAUGCCAUAUAUUGAACUACGUGAGAAUCUUCCAGCUGGAAAUACGAGCUUUUUGAAUAGACAGACAGAACGAUGACUUUUUGCGUUGUUAACAUUGAAACAUUAACAAAUGUUGACGAGUUGUGUUUUAACCUGUACAAAAAUUUCAAACCUAAACCUAUCGACUAGAAUAGUGCUGUAGAAUGCAAAAUGUUUCUAUUUUAUCCUUUUAGACCAGCAGUCAACUUGGAGGUUUAAAGAUAUAUCACCUAACGAAACCAAAAUACAUCAAACAUAAAAGAUCAUAACACAGUAAUGAUACUGUGUUACAUCUGUACACAUGUAUACAGAUGUAAACACAGAAUCUUUUAGUUUGGAAAACAGAAAAUCCGUCUACAAUCACAAUAAUAAUAAAAUCGAAUUAGCUGCA